UCUAAUUCAACUUAAACAUAACAAAACAAAACAAAAACACUUGAGUAAUAGAUUUAGCUGUUAAGAGGCGCGCCGAUCCAUCGCAAUCCAAAUCGUUCAAAGGCAUUUUCGAAAAGAGGGCCCAGAGAAAGCAACUUAGAAGCAAAGGGAACAGAGCAGUAUAGGAAAAUAGAGAAUACAUAUUAUAUAUAAUCUCCUGUUACGCUAGGAUACUACUAGAUACUACCGCUUAAGCUAAAAAACUAUGUACAUUUGAAAAGAGAAAGGUUACUUCACUAAAAAAGCAACUGUAAGCUGUGAAAAGCAGUAAAGAAACAAGACAGAGAACAGAUAACCCAGAUCAGACUAAAAAGAGUCACAAUACUGACGUAAAACUGUACAUAAAACAAAGUUACCGCGAUGAACGCACGCUCGCAGGUCUUCGAUUUGACCAUGGAGGGUCGUCAGGUGGACGAGGCGGUGGCCACCAUCUUUCACACCGUCCUCUUUCACCGCUGCCUGGGCAAGUACAUGUAUACGGGCGAUGCCCAGUACUCCAUCGGUACGGUCGGCUACACGGACGUCGAUUGCAACUUCAUUGACUUCACCUACGUCUGCUGCACCUCCGACAGUUUGACGCACAAGGUGAAGCGGGCCAUCAACUCGUUUAGCGAGAAGCUGCGCUCCAACGAAAGCUGCGGCUCCGGCCAGAUUAGCCUGGAGUUCUUUCAGAAAAAGAAGAACCGCUGGCCCUUCCCACAGGAAUCGAUACCGUGGGAGGUGUGGACAGUCCACCUGGAUCUGAUCAAGCACGAGAACGAGGACGAGCGGCAGCUGUGCCGCGAGAAUGUCUCCGAUCUGCUAACCGAAAAGGUCAUCUACAUCACCGAGCUGAUGAACCGGCACGACUACGUGCCCAAGACGCCCAGCCAGAGUGAGCUGGACCUGAUCUUCGACACCUCCUUUCCGGACGUCCAGCCGUAUCUGUUUAAGUUCGAUUACUCCACCUCGGGCUCGGCGGCUCCCUCGAUGGGCAAUGCCAUGAAGAAGAUCAUCAAGGAGACCCUCGCAAUGUGACGGGCUGAAAAAUUAGUUGUUCAGGAGUUUAUUUAUUUGCAUAUUGCCUCUUCUUUUUUUUUUUUUACCGUGUUUCUUUUGAGUCAUUUGCAAGGGUGAUAAGUUGAGAUAUCAAGUAGUUAAAUAUUUAUGGCAUGUCCCUGCUGAACUAGAUCGUUUUAUAUACCUAGAUUUUUCUGCCUUAUGACCGUAUGGGAUUUUCCUUCAGAAAAUGUGGGCUAACUGACUGGAUUAAUUGCUAUAAUUUCUUAUAAAUAAAUCCAGUCAGUUGGUCGUACGGUUAUUCAUACUUUUAGUUGUUAUUAUUGCUUUAGUUAAACAAUAGGUUCUAUUGACCACCGGUACAUCCAUGGGUAGAUCCUGCCUUGCAGGACCUGAAAAAGAGCAGGAGCGGUAGAGUUGUGUAAAUAGCGAUGCUAGAAGGAGAUGGAUGCAAUUAGCCACCAAACUUACCUUGCUCCAAGGUCCAAAUGCUUAAAGAUCCCUCGAUAAUCCAUGCAAAACGUUCCAAAAUGCAAGCUUUGAAAUUACCUGUCGGCAGAGCAAAUGCAUUGCGUUAAUUAUAUCUUAAUCGCCAGUGUAAAUAACGAUGCAAGCUAUGAAAUUAUAAUGCGAUGUUCGAGAAAAGGAAAAGAAAUGAUAUGAAAAAACAUUACGAAUUCAGAACCCAUCUAAUGUUGAGAUCGAGGCAAGUAGCGAUGUAGUUGAGAUGUAUGUAUAAAAGAUUGUGAUUGUACUUGUAGUGAUUAAACGAUAGUACCGACUCUAUGUAUCCAUAGAGAUCCAAUAUAUAGAUGUGUAUGUAUGUAAAUCAAUGUUUAUCUGUAUGUCCAAGCUAUAAAAGUAAUCGAUAAAUGUACUUUACGACUUAACUAAUAUAUUGUAAAAUCGAAUUAAGCAGAAUAAAUCCUUUGAAGCACACGUUCAAAGUAGAAAUGUAAUUGGCCUUUUUGCGACCAUUAUUAUCUAAAAAAAAAAAAACAAUAAAAUCAUUUCGACCAGCUGCAUUAA